UUUUAAUUUUUUUAGUUGGCUUUCAUGCCUUCUUUCUAAAGUUUCUUUUUUUUUUUUAAUAAAAACCUCGAAUUCGAAGUCCAAAAUCCCCUUCAUUCGUUUCCUGUUCAUUUGAUUUGGUUCCAAAUCCUCGGAUUCAGCCCUUCUGGCAUAAUUAGCAUAGCCUGACCAUGUUAUCGGGCAACUUGAGGAGGCGGCUUCAUCAUGGAGACCUUGAUGGCCGAAGAAAUGAACAUGUUGAUACCUCAGGAACAGAUGGUCUGAAUGAACCUCUUCUGGGAACGUACAGUUAUGAUGAGCGCCAUACUAAGGAAUAUGGAGAUAAGAGGCAGCAAGACAUCUGGGAUGACAAAAAGAAGGAGCAACUCCAUUGGGCACAGCUUUUCUGCAACUUGGUUGCACAAUGGGGACAAUGGCUUGCGAAUAUCUUUCAUAACUCCGGAUCAAUUUUAGGAAGGAUGCUACCUCCCAUCAUUUUUAGUGGACAAGAUAAUCUGCCUUUAUUGCUUAGUCCUUUACAGGAAGAAAGACUGAGAAACUUGAAGCAGAGAUUGGGGAUUCCUUUUGAUAGUGCUUGUGUUGAUCAUCAAGAUGCCCUAAGGCAACUUUGGAGACUUGCUUAUCCAGGCCGACAAGUGCCUCCUCUGAAAUCAGAAUUGUGGAAAGAGAUGGGUUGGCAAGGUUCCGAUCCAUCAACAGACUUCAGGGGUGGUGGAUUUGUAUCAUUGGAAAACCUCAUUUUUUUCGCCAAGACCUAUCCAGAUUCCUUCCAAGGACUUCUACACAAGCGAGACGGAAGGCGAGCUGAAUGGGAAUAUCCUUUUGCUGUGGCUGGAAUAAACAUAUCAUUCAUGUUGGUGCAGAUGUUGGAAUUGGAAUUAGCAGGUAGACCGAGUUCUAAAGCAGGAAUUUGCUUUAUCAAGCUACUCGGAGAAGAUGAGAUGGCAUUCGACAACCUUUACUGUGUUGCUUUUCAGAUGAUGGAUGCACAGUGGUUGGCAAAGCGAGCUUCAUAUAUGGAAUUCAAUGAAGUUUUGAAGGCUACCAGAACACAACUAGAGCGCGAGCUUUCCUUAGAUGAUGUUUUCAGCAUUAGAGACUUGCCGGCAUAUAACAUGUUGACUCGGUAGUUUCAUAACCCUUCCUCUAUCUAUCGAUCGCUACCUGCCCUUUUUGUGUUCGGUGAAUAUCCUAGCAUGUAUAAUUUCUAUACUUUUAUACAAAAUGCGACAAUAAACUGCACCUUUACAAGUAUAUAUAAUCAUACAUUACAAUGCGACUUCAUAAUCCA